UCCUCCUGCCGCCUCAGUCACACCAUGGUGCUGGAGUCGGUGGUCGCGGACCUGCUGAACCGCUUCCUGGGGGACUAUGUGGAGAACCUGAACAAAUCCCAGCUGAAGCUGGGGAUCUGGGGCGGUAAUGUGGCUUUAGAUAAUCUACAGAUAAAAGAAAAUGCCCUGAGUGAAUUGGAUGUUCCAUUUAAAGUCAAGGCUGGCCAAAUUGAUAAAUUAACUCUGAAGAUUCCUUGGAAAAACCUUUAUGGAGAAGCAGUUGUCGCGACCUUAGAGGGAUUAUACCUUCUUGUUGUCCCUGGAGCAAGUAUUAAAUAUGAUGCUGAAAAAGAAGAAAAAUUGUUGCAGGAUAUUAAACAGAAAGAACUAUCUCGAAUUGAAGAGGCCCUUCAAAAAGCAGCAGAAAAAGAUAAGCCAAAAGAAGCCAAAAAGGAUACAUUUUUGGAAAAGUUGGCAACGCAAGUAAUAAAAAAUGUACAAGUAAAAAUCACAGAUAUUCACGUUAAAUAUGAGGAUGAUAUCACUGAUCCAAAGCGGCCUCUUUCAUUUGGUGUCACACUGGGAGAACUUAGUCUAUUGACUGCAAAUGAACACUGGACUCCAUGCAUAUUAAAUGAAGCAGAAAAAAUUAUAUACAAGCUUAUACGACUUGAUAGUCUCAGUGCCUACUGGAAUGUGAACUGCAGAAUGUCUUACCAGGGAUCGAGGGAACAGAUUUUGGAUCAGCUGAAAAAUGAAAUUCUAACAAGUGGAAAUAUACUCCCAAAUUAUCAAUGCAUUUUUCAGCCAAUAUCAGCCUCUGCAAAACUCUACAUGAAUCCUUAUGCAGAAACAGACCUCAAAACACCCAAACUGGACUGGAAUAUAGAAGUACAAAAUAUCGCCAUUGAACUGACCAAACCUCAGUACUUAAGUAUGAUUGACCUUUUGGAGUCAGUGGAUUGUAUGAUUAGAAAUGCCCCUUAUAGGAAAUAUAAGCCUUAUUUACCACUUCACACCAAUUGUCGACAAUGGUGGAAAUAUGCAAUUGAUUCUGUUCUUGAAGUUCAUAUAAGAAGGUAUACACAGAUGUGGUCAUGGAGUAACAUAAAAAAGCACAGGCAGCUACUCAAGAGUUAUAAAAUUGCCUUCCAAACCAAAUUAACCCAGACUAAAGUCUCAGAGGAAGUACAGAAACAAAUACAGGACUUGGAGAAGACUCUAGAUGUUUUUAACAUAAUUUUAGCAAGGCAACAAGCGCAAGUUGAGGUGAUUCGAUCUGGGCAAAAAUUGAGGAAAAAGUCUGCUGACAAAGGCGAGAAACGUGGAGGCUGGUUUAGUGGGUUCUGGGGUAAAAAAGAAUCUAAGAAAAAAGAUGAAGAAUCAUUGAUUCCUGAAACUAUUGAUGACCUUAUGACUCCAGAGGAAAAAGAUAAGCUCUUCACUGCCAUUGGUUAUAGUGAGAGUACCCACAACCUAACUUUACCCAAACAGUAUGUCGCCCAUAUAAUGACCCUGAAGUUAGUAAGCACCUCUAUUACAAUCAGAGAAGACAGAAAUAUUCCAGAAAUACUAAAAAUUCAGAUAAUUGGCCUGGGCACUCAAGUAUCUCAGCGACCAGGAGCACAAGCACUUAAGGUGGAAGCAAAAUUAGAACACUGGUAUAUAACAGGUCUGAGACAGCAAGAUACUGUGCCAUCACUCGUGGCUUCAAUUGGUAAUACUACAUCAUCCUUGCUUAAAAUAGAGUUUGAAACCAAUCCGGAGAAUAGUCCUGCUGACCAGACUCUGGUUGUUGAGUCUCAGCCUGUGGAGGUCAUCUAUGAUGCUAAAACCAUCAAUGCAGUGGUUGAAUUCUUUCAGUCAAAUAAGGGAUUGGAUCUUGAACAAAUAACAUCAGCUACAUUGAUGAAGCUGGAAGAAAUUAAAGAGAGAACAGCUACAGGACUUACACAUAUUAUUGAAACUCGAAAAGUCUUUGAUUUAAGGAUAAAUCUGAUGCCUUCCUAUCUAGUAGUUCCACAGACAGGUUUCUAUUAUGGAAAGUCAAACCUUCUGAUUUUAGAUUUUGGUACAUUUCAGCUCAAUAGUAAAAAUCAAGGUUUACAGAAGACUACUAAUUCAUCUCUGGAAGAAAUAAUGGAUAAGGCAUAUGACAAGUUUGAUGUUGAUAUAAAAAGUGUGCAACUACUCUUUGCAAGAGCAGAGGAAAACUGGAAAAAGUGUCGAUUUCAGCGUCCAUCAACUAUGCAUAUAUUGCAUCCCAUGGAUAUUCAUGUUGAGUUGGCCAAGGCAAUGGUAGAAAAAGACAUUAGAAUGGCCAGAUUUAAAGUAUCUGGAGGACUUCCUUUGAUGCAUGUGAGAAUUUCUGAUCAGAAGAUGAAAGAUGUGCUGUGUUUGAUUAAUAGUAUACCUUUGCCACAGAAAUCAUCUGUACAGUCUCCAGAGAGACAGGUGUCCUCAACUGUUAUAACAAGUGGGACAAAAGGACUACUUAGUACUUCACUGUUACUAGAUGGAGUGGAAUCAGAGUCUGAUGAUGAGUAUUUUGAUGCUGAAGAUGGAGACUCACAAACUAGUAAAAGUAUGAGAGGAUCAGAACUAAAAAAAGCUUCAGAGCCCCCAAAUGAGGAGCUCAUUAAUCUUUUACUCAAGUUUGAAAUUAAGGAGGUGAUUUUGGAAUUUACUAAACAACAGAAAGAAGAAGAUACAAUUCUAGUAUUUAAUGUUACUCAGUUAGGAACAGAGUCUACAAUGAGAACAUUUGACUUAACUGCAGUAUCUUAUUUAAAGAAAAUCAGCUUGGAUUACCAUGAAAUUCAAGGAUCCAAAAAGAAACCCCUUCACUUGAUUAGCUCUUCUGAUAAACCUGUAUUAGAUCUAUUAAAAGUGGAGUAUAUUAAGGCUGAUAAGAAUGGACCUAGUUUUCAAACUACCUUUGGAAAAACUGAACAAACACUUAAGGUGGCCUUUUCAUCAUUAAAUCUAUUGCUGCAAACACAAGCUCUUCUCUCUUCUAUUAAUUACCUGACAACCAUUAUUCCAUCAGAUGAUCAAAACACAGGUGUUGCCAAGCAGAUACAAAUUCCAACUGAAAAACAACAAAAAAAUUCAACUCUACAAAAAGUGAUUGUAUCCUCUAAAGAUAGUGACAUUAUUGGCUUCAGCCUGUUUGCCAAGUUGAAUGCUUUCAGUGUCAUUGUUUGUGAUGAAAAGAGCAAUAUUGCUGAAAUCAAGAUUCAAGGCCUUGAUUCCUCCCUUUCUCUUCAGUCAAGAAAACAGUCACUUUUUGCCAGACUGGAAAAUAUUGUUGUCACAGAUGUUGAUCCUAAGACAGCUCAUAAGAAAGCUGUGUCAAUAAUGGGAAAUGAAGUUUUUCGUUUUAACUUGGAUUUGUAUCCAGAUGCUACUGAGGGAGAUUCAUAUACUGACAUGUCCAAAGUGGAUGGUGUACUGUCACUGCAUGUUGGCUGUAUUCAGAUUGUCUACCUUCAUAAAUUCCUUAUGUCACUUCUGAACUUUCUGAACAAUUUCCAGACAGCCAAAGCGUCUCUGAGUGCUGCCACUGCUCAGGCUGCAGAAAAGGCUGCCACAAGUGUGAAAGAUCUUGCCCAGAGGAGUUACCGUGUCUCCAUCAACAUUGAUUUGAAAGCACCAGUUAUAAUCAUCCCACAGUCUUCCAUUUCCACCAGUGCAGUAGUGGUAGAUCUCGGGUUAAUCAGGGUGCAAAAUCAGUUCAGUUUGGUGUCUGGUGAAGACUACUUAAAUCCUCCAGUAAUUGAUAAAAUGGAUGUUCAGCUCACAAAGCUUAUGCUUUCUAGGACAGUGAUCCAGCCAGGUAGAUCCCAUCCUGAUAUUCAACUGUUGCAUCCAAUUAACUUGGAGCUUUUUAUUAAUCGGAAUCUAGCUGCAUCUUGGUACCACAAGGUGCCCAUUGUAGAAAUUAAAGGUCAUCUUGAUUCAUUGAAUGUUAGUCUAAAUCAAGAAGAUAUCAAUCUUUUAUUUAGGAUACUAUCAGAAAAUCUUGGUGAGGCUGUUGAAGACAUGGAUAAAGUAAAACCAGUGGUACAAGAGGCAGGUGAAAUUAAAGAGUCUCUCGCAAUCUCUAUAUCACAACAAGAUGUACAUGCUUCAAAUGAUACUUUAACAACUGGAGUGGAAGAAAUUAGAUCUUUAGACAUCAUUAAUAUGCUGCUGAAUUUUGAAAUUAAAGAGGUUGUGGUUACUCUGAUGAAAAAAGCUGAAAAGCAAGGAAAGCCUUUACAUGAACUAAAUAUCUUGCAGCUUGGAAUGGAAGCCAGAGUUAAAACCUAUGACAUGACUGCCGAAGCUUAUCUGAAAAAGAUUUGUAUGCGAUGUUUUGAUUUCAUUGACUCUAAAGGAGAACCUCUUCAUAUCAUUAACUCUUCUAAUGUGACUGAUGAACCUCUUCUGAAAAUGUUAUUGACCAAGGCAGACAGUGAUGGACCAGAGUUUAAAACUAUUCAUGACAAUACCAAACAGAGACUGAAGGUUUCAUUUUCAUCUUUAGACUUAGUACUUCAUUUGGAAGCUUUACUUUCCUUCAUGGAUUUUUUAUCGUCUGCUCUUCCAUCUUCUGGACCGUCCUCUUCUGAGAAGGAAUCUGAGCUGAAACCCCUCAUGGGGGAAUCCAGAAGUAUUGUUGGCAAAGCUGUAUCUAGCAGUGCCUCACAGAUGGAUGUGUUUGAUUUAAAGGUCACAGCUGAAUUAAAUGCAUUUAAUGUCUUUAUCUGUGAUCAGAAGUGUAACAUUGCAGAUAUUAAAAUACACGGAUUGGAUGCCUCAAUUUCUGUGAAGCCAAAGCAGACUGAUAUGUUUGCCAGACUUAAGGAUAUCAUAGUUACAAAUGUAGAUUUGCUGUCCAUUCACAAAAAGGCUGUCUCUAUUUUGGGAGAUGAAGUUUUUAGGUUCCAACUGACUCUUUAUCCUGACGCCACAGAAGGAGAGGCCUAUGCUGAUAUGUCUAAAGUAGAUGGCAAACUUUGCUUCAAAGUGGGUUGUAUUCAGAUCAUUUAUGUUCAUAAAUUCUUCAUGUCUCUUUUGAACUUCCUCAACAAUUUCCAAACUACUAAAGAAGCUUUGAGUGCAGCCACAGUCCAGGCUGCCGAGAGAGCUGCUUCUAGCAUGAAAGACUUGGCUCAAAAAAGUUUCCGCCUGUUGAUGGAUAUCAAUUUGAAAGCACCAGUUAUUAUUAUUCCUCAGUCUUCAGUAUCACCUAAUGCUGUUAUAGCAGAUUUGGGUUUAAUCAGAGUUGAAAACAAAUUUAGCUUGGUUUCUAUGGAAUGUUUUUCUCUUCCCCCUGUGAUUGAUGAAAUGAACAUUCAGCUCACCCAGUUGAAGCUGUCCAGAACUAUUUUGCAAGCUGAUUUGCCACAACAUGACAUUGAAAUUUUAAAACCAGUCAAUAUGCUUUUGUCCAUACGGCGAAAUUUAUCAGCAACAUGGUAUGUGCAAAUUCCAGGGAUGGAGAUAAAAGGAAAACUAAAACCUAUGCAGGUUGCUCUCAGUGAAGAUGACUUGACAAUUUUAAUGAAAAUUUUGCUAGAAAAUCUUGGAGAAGCUUCUUCACAGUCAACCCUUACACAGUCUGUGCAGGAAGCUGUGCGAAUGAGAAAAAUAGAUGCCCCAAGUGGACUUGACCACCUUAGAGAACAGGAAGAUUUGACAGACUCAAACCUUUCUGUGGACCAGAAUGUCAUGCUACAAUUUGACUUUCACUUUGAAUCUCUUUCUAUUAUUCUUUAUAACAAUGAUUUUAACCAGGAGUCCAGACUUUCAUUACAUAAUGACGGUUUCCGGCUUGGGGAACUCAGACUGCAUGUUAUGGCCUCCUCGGGGAAGAUGUUUAAGGAUGGUUCAAUGAAUGUCAGCAUUAAACUUAAGACUUGUACCCUUGAUGAUCUCAGAGAAGGCAUUGAGAGAGCAACAUCAAGAAUGAUUGACAAAAAGGAUGACCAAGAUAACAAAAGUUCUAUGAUUGAUAUAAGCUAUAAACAAGACAAAAAUGGAAGUCAAAUUGAUGCUGUUCUUUGCAAGCUGUAUGUAUGUGCCAGUGUUGAGUUUCUGAUGACCGUGGCAGAUUUCUUUAUCAAAGCUGUGCCUCAGAGUCCAGAAAAUACGGCAAAAGAAACACAGAUCUCAAGACAGACUGCCACAGGGAAAGUUAAGACAGAUAAAGAGGACUCUGUAAGACCAAACAUGACUUUAAAGGCCAUGAUUAUAGAUCCAGAAGUGGUAUUUGUUGCCAACCUGAAAAAGGCUGAUGCCCCUGCUCUGACAGCCUCAUUCCAGUGUAAACUCUCUCUAUCAACAUCCAAACUGGAACAGAUGAUGGAAGCUUCUGUGAGAGAUCUGAAAGUGCUCGCUUGCCCUUUUCUUAGAGAAAAGAGAGGGACAAACAUAACCACAGUCUUACAGCCUUGCUCUUUAUUUAUGGAAAAAUGUACAUGGGCUUCGGGAAAACAAAAUAUAAAUAUUAUGGUUAAAGAAUUUAUUGUUAAGAUUUCACCCAUAAUUCUUAAUACUGUGAUGACCAUCAUGGCUGCUAUGUCUCCAAAGACAAAAGAAGAUGAAUCCAAAGACACAUCUAAGGAAAUGGAAAAUCUUUGGGGCGUGAGAUCCAUUAAUGAUUAUAACUCUUGGUUUCUUGGUGUUGACAUGGCAACAGAAAUAACAGAAAAUUUCCAAGACAUUGAACAUCUGUUGACUGAGGAAAAUUGUGCUGUUGUUGUGGAGUCAGUUCAAGUUACCUUAGAAUGUGGUCUUGGCCAUCGGACUGUGCCCUUAUUAUUGGCAGAGUCUAGGUUUUCAGGAAAUAUUAAAAAUUGGACUUCCCUAAUGGCUGCUACAGCUGAUAUGACCCUAGAGGUUCACUAUUAUAAUGAGAUCCAUGCUGUCUGGGAGCCACUGAUUGAAAAAGUAGAAGGGAAGAGACAGUGGAAUUUAAGGCUUGAUGUAAAGAAAAACCCAGUCCAGGAUAAAAGUUUGAUGCCAGGAGACGAUUUUAUUCCUGAGCCACAAAUGGCAAUUCAUAUUUCUUCAGGAGAUACAAUGAAUAUGACAAUAUCUAAAAGUUGUCUUAAUGUUUUCAACAAUUUAGCAAAAGGUUUUUCAGAGGGCACUGCUUCUACUUUUGACUACUGUUUAAAAGAUAGGGCUCCUUUUACAAUAAAAAAUGCCGUGGGAGUUCCCGUUAAGGUUCAACCCAGUUGUAAUCUCAGAGUAAUGGGCUGCCCAGAAAAGACUGAAAUUUUUGAUAUUGAUACUGGCCAGAAUUUGGAAUUGGAAUAUGCUGGCAUGGAACCUUCACGUCAAGGGAAACUAUCCAUAUUGAGCCGUCAAGAAAGCUCCCUCUUCACUCUGACCUUUGUACCUCAUGGAUAUACAGAAGUUGCAAAUAUCCCUGUUGCCAGACCUGGACGGCAGUUGUAUAAUGUACGGAAUCCCAAUGCCAGUCAUUCUGACUCAGUCUUGGUACAGAUUGAUGCAACUGAAGGGAAUAAAGUAAUUACCCUUCGCUCUCCUCUACAGAUUAAAAACCAUUUCUCCAUUGAAUUUAUCAUCUAUAAAUUUGUUAAGAAUGUUAAGCUCUUGGAGCGCAUUGGAAUAGCCAGACCUGAAGAGGAGUUCCAUGUUCCUUUAGAUUCAUAUAGAUGCCAUUUGUUUAUUCAGCCAGCUGGAAUCUUAGAGCAUCAGUACAAAGAAUCCACCACUUACAUUUCCUGGAAGGAAGAACUUCACAGAAGCAAGGAAGUCCAAUGCGUGUUGCAGUGUCCAUCAGCCGAAGUCAGCUUCCUGCCUCUCAUAGUGAAUACAGUUGCUCUGCCCGAUGAACUGAGCUAUAUAUGUGCACAUGGGGAAGACUGGGAUCCAGCUUACAUCAUUCACCUUUAUCCUCCUCUCACUUUGCGGAAUCUUCUCCCAUAUUCUCUAAGAUAUUUACUUGAGGGAACAGCAGAAACACAUGAGCUAGCAGAAGGCAGUGCUGCCGAUGUUCUACAGUCGAGAAUCAGCGGAGAAAUAAUGGAAUUAGUUCUGGUGAAAUACCAGGGCAAAAAUUGGCAUGGACAUUUCCGCAUAAGUGAUACACUUCCUGAAUUCUUUCUUGUGUGUUUUUCCUCUGACUCCAGAGAAGUGAUGACAGUUGACUUGUCAGUACAUGUCAGGCGAAUUGGCAGCCGGUUGGUGCUGUCUGUCUUUAGUCCCUACUGGCUAAUCAAUAAGACUUCCCGGGUUCUCCAGUAUCGUUCAGAAGAUAUUCAUGUGAAACAUCCAGCUGAUUUCAGGGAUAUUAUUUUAUUCUCUUUCAAGAAGAAGAACAUUUUUAGUAAAAAUAAGGUACAAUUAAAAAUUUCAACUAGCUCUUGGUCCAAUAGUUUCUCAUUGGACACAGUGGGAAGUUAUGGGUGCGUGAAGUGUCCUGCCAAUAAUAUGGAAUACCUGGUUGGUGUUAGCAUCAAAAUGAGCAGUUUUAAUCUUUCACGAAUAGUUACUCUGACUCCCUUUUGUACUAUUGCAAACAAGUCAUCAUUAGAACUGGAAGUUGGUGAAAUUGCAUCUGAUGGCUCAAUGCCCACUAGUAAAUGGAACUAUAUUGGUUCAUCAGAGUGCCUUCCAUUUUGGCCUGAAAAUUUGUCAGGCAAACUUUGUGUGAGAGUGGUUGGCUGUGAAGGAUCUUCCAAACCAUUCUUUUAUAACCGCCAGGAUAAUGGCACUUUAUUAAGUUUAGAAGAUCUGAAUUGCGGUAUCUUGGUGGAUAUAAACACUGCCGAACAUUCGACUGUCAUAACUUUUUCUGAUUACCAUGAGGGAUCUGCCCCUGCCCUGAUAAUAAAUCAUACGCCAUGGGACAUCCUCACAUACAAACAGAGUGGGUCACCAGAACAAGUGGAAUUGCUGCCAAGACAAGUUCGGCUUUUUGCCUGGGCAGAUCCUACUGGUACCAGAAAACUUACAUGGAGAUAUGCAGCAAAUGUUGGGGAACACGAUCUGUUAAAGGAUGAUUGUGGACAGUUUCCCUAUGAUGCAAACAUUCAAAUACACUGGGUAUCGUUUCUGGAUGGGCGCCAGAGAGUUUUGCUUUUCACCGAUGAUGUUGCCUUGGUUUCCAAAGCACUGCAGGCAGAAGAAAUGGAACAGUCCAACCAUGAAGUAAUCUUGUCUCUCCACAGUCUUGGACUUUCACUGGUUAACAAUGAAAACAAACAGGAAGUUUCAUAUAUUGGGAUAACCAGUUCUGGUGUUGUUUGGGAGAUGAAACCAAAACAGAAAUGGAAGCCAUUUAGUCAAAAGCAGAUAAUUUUAUUGGAGCAAUCUUAUCAGAAAUAUCAAGGUUCAAGAGGGCAUGGCUGGAUUAAGCUAGAACACAAUUUUGAGGUCAAUUUUGACAGAGUUCCAAUGGAAAUGCGCCUCCCUAUUCAGUGCCCUAUAAAACGAGAUUUUUUAUCAGGAAUUCAGAUUGAAUUUAAACAAUCUCCUCACCAGAGAAGUUUAAGGGCCCGGUUGUACUGGCUUCAGAUUGAUAAUCAGUUACCAGGUGCAAUGUUUCCUGUUGUAUUUCAUCCCGUUGCCCCUCCUAAAUCUAUUGCUUUGGAUUCCGAGCCCAAACCUUUUAUAGAUGUGAGUGUCAUCACAAGAUUUAAUGAGUACAGUAAAGUCUUACAAUUUAAGUAUUUUAUGGUCCUCAUUCAGGAAAUGGCCUUAAAAGUUGAUCAGGGGUUUCUAGGAGCCAUUGUAGGACUAUUUACCCCAACAACUGACCCUGAAGCUGAAAGAAGACGGACAAAGCUAAUCCAAAAAGAUAUUGAUGCUCUAAACACAGAAUUAAUGGAGACUUCAAUGACUGACAUGUCAAUUCUUAGUUUCUUUGAACAUUUCCAUAUUUCUCCUGUUAAGUUGCAUUUGAGUCUUUCUUUGGGUUCUGGAGGUGAAGACUCGGACAAAGAAAAACAGGAAAUGAUCGCAAUACAUUCUGUCAACCUGCUGUUGAAAAGCAUAGGUGCUACUCUGACUGAUGUGGAUGACCUUAUAUUCAAGCUUGCUUAUUAUGAAAUCCGGUAUCAGUUUUACAAGCGAGAUCAGCUCAUGUGGAGCGUUGUUAGGCAUUACAGUGAACAGUUCUUGAAACAGAUGUAUGUCCUUGUAUUGGGGUUAGAUGUGCUUGGAAACCCAUUUGGAUUAAUUAGAGGUCUGUCUGAAGGAGUUGAAGCUUUAUUUUAUGAACCCUUCCAGGGUGCUGUUCAAGGCCCCGAAGAAUUUGCUGAGGGGUUAGUAAUUGGAGUAAGAAGUCUUUUUGGACACACAGUAGGUGGUGCAGCGGGAGUUGUAUCUCGAAUCACUGGGUCUGUGGGGAAAGGUUUGGCAGCUAUUACAAUGGACAAGGAAUAUCAGCAAAAAAGAAGAGAAGAAUUGAGUCGACAGCCCAAAGAUUUUGGAGACAGCCUGGCCAGAGGAGGAAAGGGCUUGCUGCGAGGAGUUGUUGGUGGAGUGACUGGAAUAAUAACAAAACCUGUGGAAGGUGCCAAAAAGGAGGGAGCCGCUGGAUUCUUCAAAGGGAUUGGAAAAGGACUUGUGGGUGCUGUGGCUCGUCCAACUGGUGGAAUCAUAGAUAUGGCCAGCAGUACUUUCCAAGGCAUUCAGAGGGUAGCAGAAUCAACUGAAGAGGUGUCUAGCCUGCGACCCCCUCGCCUGAUCCGCGAAGAUGGCAUCAUUCGUCCAUAUGACAGACAAGAGUCAGAGGGCUAUGACUUGUUUGAGCAAGAACUGGAAAUACAGGAGUAAAUGUUUCCUAUACUACUACUACUUGAUUUCAUCCUUAAAAAUCAAAACAAACUGUGAUAUUUAUUGACUUGUGUGUCGAUGAGACUGUCAAUUUUAAUGAAAUUUUCUUUACAACUCUCACUUCCAUCUGAGCUUUUUAUAGGGUCUUGAUGACAAAUAAAAAUGGUGGCUUCCUAGUCAUACUGUACCAGGAAUAAGAUGAGUAUAAAAGAUUAAAGGAUGUAGGAAAUCAGUUUUUUCCUUUAUUUAGUGGGUGAAAGACUAUUGAGUUCAGAAACAUACUUUUACUAUCAUUUUGCACAUUUUAUCUUUUCCUGUGUCACUCAUGUGCAUUUCUGGUUAAGAUGAAGAACAGAACGGUUAUUAUGCCCAGUCUAAUGAAUGUGUUCUUUAUGUUUGUGAGUCCCAGUGAUGGAAUUACAUAGCUUUCUGUUUCACAGAUCACUUUAAAUAUGCCCAAACUAUGAAACUGUUAAUUUGGGCAUAUGUUUUAAUAAUUGAAGUGUCAGUUGCUCAAAUAGUACAAAUAGCACAUGAAUUUGGAGUAUACGUCUUCAAUCUCUCUUUUCUUUAACCUGUUGGUAAUUUUGUAAUUACAUUAUGUUCAUUCUAAGCCUUUAGUAUUUAUGCUUUUGAAAAAUUGAAUCUCCUUACUGGUUAUUGUUAUUUCAUAAUUAUUAGUUUUAAUUAAUGUAAAUAGAAGUUGGAUGUGUAAUUAGGCAAAUUGAACAUAUAGAUGUCUUUAUUUUUGUAAACUAAACGUUUUCGCUUUUAAAUCCUUAAAGAAGAAAUCCUUGGAGUAUAUUCAUUAUCUUAAUGAGAAUAAAAAUAAUUAUCUUGAAAUUAGUGCCGAUAGUUAAUUCUCAAAGUUAGUUAUGUUUUCCUUUCUUUUUUUAAAAUAAAUAAUGAAAAUGUUAAAUUUAGCAGUGUCUUAGCUAGUUAACUUUCAUGCUUCUCCCAAAAAUUGAAACCAAGGUCUAAGCUUAAGACAGAAUAUGUUGUAUAGUUGAAGAAAAUGAAACUGUUAAAAUACAACUACACAGUUACAUUAUAUAAUUUGAAAACCACAGUUAUCAAAAUAAUAAAUUGAGUUGUUCAUACUUUAAGCCAGCACUUCAAAGAAGAAAGAGUAACAUCCAAAGACUAGCCUAUGCUAGAUAUAUAAAAGAAACAACUCUGUCCUUAAGGGACCCAGUGUAACAAAAUGUGUAAAUAUUAAGAGGAACUGAUGAACUUGUCUUGUGCCUACAUAAUCUGUGGUUGGCAAAAAUGUCAUUGCAUGGAUAGUUUUCUAUGGGAAUCGAGAACAAUAAUUUAAGAUGUUGUCUUAAGUCAUCACUAGUAAGUACUCUUUCCCAGAUUCUUAGGUUGAAGUAAUAUUUUUAAAAUUUUCCUGUGUAUAUUGCUGUUUUAAUGAGACUUAAUUUUGGGCACUCCAAUGACUUGUUAAGAUUUUUUCCUUAUUUUUAUGUACUUUUUGUUAAGCUAUUCAUGCUAGUAACCUUUUACUUAUUUUUUUUUUAACUACUGUAUGUCAAAAAGCACAAAACAUCAAGAAAAUUUUUAUUACUUUAGCAACAUAUAGUCAUAUUGUCUGAUUUAUUAAUUUUUGGUAGGAUUCCAGACCACUUUUUAAACUUCAUAAUGUAUAGGACUUGGUAGUUUUUUCCAUGGGUAGCAAGCGUAGACAUGGAUAAUUACGGAAUUAGGCUAUUUCAUCUUUUGCCCAUCUUGCUGUGAUCAGUUAAUUGAGUAAGACGUAUUUAAGGAGUGUCCAACACUUUUCCUUCUCUGCUUCAAAUUAGAAGAAUUACGAGUUGCCUUGGGCCAUAUGUUAAACACACAGACAACUAACAAAAGCUGAUGACCAAACAAAGAGGUCUGUGUAUACCUUUCUUGAUAUCUUAUACUAUAGAUAAGCAAAACAGUCCUCCAAUAAUCAGGGGUGGCCCUUGGGCCACUGGUUGGACAUGCCUUAGACUGUGCUGGAUAUACAAAAGUAAUAAGCCUUCUACCCUUAAAUGUCUAAACAUAACAAAAUGUAUAAAUAGGAAAGAGCACUAACAUGUAUAAUUAUGUCCUCCUCACCCUUAAUGUAGUAUGAGCAUAUUCUAAACAAUUUAUUUGGGGGAUCUUUGGAUCUUCAUUUUCUUUUUCCCCUGCAUAUUUCACUGUAUUCUUUAAUACUCAGCUUUGAGAGUUACUAAAUUAUAUACUAGUUUUUAGGAUAUACUCUUCUAUUUAUCCUUUGUUCUCUAUACAUAUGUUUUACAUAUAUAUAUAGAGAGAGAGAGAGAGCGCCAGUAUUUUAUUUAACAUUCAUUUUGGUUCACAUACUUGUAAUCAUAUGGUAAUUAUUAAUAAAAUGUUUCCUUUUAAUUUUUAGUUAAAUUUUUCUAUGUUCUUAGAAAUGCUUCAUUGACAUUUUUAAUUCUUGCUUUCCCAUCUGUUGAGGUUAUGUUCUGUUUUUGGUGAUUCUUAAUUCUUGACAUUAAAAUUGUUUCUGCUAUUUUACUAAUAGUAAUAAUGCUAUGGUAAGCAUCAUUAAAUGUUUUGCCUUUCUGUAUCUUGCAUUUAUUUCUUUAGAAUUUAUUUGAAAACAUUGAAUUGCUGGGUAAAAGGCUUUUACAGAGUAUUAUCGAAUCCCUUAUUUGUAUUUUAUCAAGUAAUCUGGUUGUCUGUUGCUGUCAGUGACAGAAUAUCUUAAUCUGAAUCUCGGGAUGUAGUGGAGUUUUGGUAGUGCUUAAAGCAAGGUUCUCUAAAAUGAAUUAUGGUGGGUGCCUAUAGCUCAGUGGUUAAGGCGCUGGCCACAUGCUCCGAGGCGUUUGAACCUGGCUUAGGCCAGCUAAACAAACAAACAAAAAAAUAGCCAGGCAUUGUGGUGGGCGCCUGUAGUUCCAGCUACUAGAGAAGCUGAGGCAAGAGAAUUUCUUGAGCCCAAGAGUUUGAGGUUGCUGUGCACUGUGAUGCCAUGACAUUCUACCAAGGGUGACAAAGUAAGACCCUGUCUCAAUUAAAAAUAAAUAAAUAAAUGAAUGAAUAAAAUGUAUUAUGGUGAUAAAUGUACUUUACAAACUCUCAGUGUUUUGAAGCACAAUAAUAGCCUGACAGCUAAUGAAAGUGUAUGCAAGGUAGGAAGUGGGUAGUACUUCUGGUACUUGCAUCUUAAAUCUAAAUAUUUUAACAUAUUUAAAUUUCAACCUAAAGAAUGAACUAAAUUAUUAUGUUAAUUUCUCAUUUUCUCUUUGAAGAAAUGGAGACAUAAAUGUUAAAAGAUUUUAGAUAAUUCACACAGGUGAACUGUGAACCAAGUAACUAUUGCUAUGAAAUCUGCAGUCCUCUCUUCUUUAGAGACUCGUUCUAAGGAGAUCCCACUUCUUUGUGGAUUCCUCUUCCUUGUUCGUGGCUUUUAGGAAUUGUCACAGGAUGACUGGGAACCAAGCAUCUUCUAAAAUUGUACAUUCAAGCACUGAAAUAAUAACAUCAAGUGUACUCUCUCUGCUUGUGAUCAUACUGAUUAUCCUUUUAAUAUAAUAAUAUUGCCUUGGUUAUAAAAUGUUAAAGUCUUAAUGUAUUUGGUAUGUUUAUGUUCUGUAUUUUCCUAUCUAUUGUCUGAUUAUCAAUCAUGCAGUAUAGAUAAUGUUAAUAUAUUUCAUAAUAUUCAUUAUAAAAACUCCGGUUGGUUUUUAAUGGUAUUGACUUAAUUCAAGUCACAAUAGUUUUGAGAUAAUUGAAAAAGAAAAUAAAUGUAUUCUAAUGGGCUGCUAUUUAUACUUGAAUUAUUUUAUGCUUUGUCUUUAAAAAUAAAUUGUACCAGCUAUUUUGAAAUCUUAGAAAUUCUUUAUGUCCACAUAAGGAAUAUAUUCUCAUUAUAUUUUCCUUUCUAUGAGAAAUAUAAUUUGAUAUGGAAAUAAACUUCUGAAUGCAUGAUUCAUUUAUAAGACCAAAUGUUCAGAACAUUAAACAUUAGUUAUCUCGGAAUUUUAUUCUAUGUAUAAUAUCUAUUUCUAUGUAAAUCAGUGGUUCUUAAUCUUUGAGAGGGAUCACAGACUCCUUCAAAACAAUCUGGUGAAAAGUGUGUACUGUCCUUUGAAAAAAGUUGGAGAACCACAUUUUCAAAAUUUUAUAUUCUAGGUUAGGUGGUGUAUAGACCCACUCCAUAGUCCUACCAUGGAUCCCUCUUUGAGAACUCCUUUAAUGUUAACGUGGUAGUUUUAUAUUAGCAUGUGUUUGUUAUUUAAUUAAAAUGUGUGAUUAUUUCUGGUAGAUAUUUUAAAAUUUCUAAGUUACUAUAGAACAAAAUGAGUUUUACAAGAAGAUAACUUGGUAAGCAUUUAAGCCUCCUUUUUCUUUUCAUGCAACUAUGGAAGUUAAUUUAUAAACAUGCUAUGAAUGUUUUUCUAGUUUCGGGUGCCAGUGUGCCUUGGUUUCUAAUAAACUUUUUCCCAACUUUUUCGUAAUUGGCUAAUAUAUGGCAUUGUAAAUACUUUUUGAAUGCACAUACUUUCCAAAUCUCCAGUCUUGUUUCC